GAACCACUCUGGGAUAACGGGGAGAGGGGAAAUUUGGGAUUGGGAAUGGACACAGAACCACUCUGGGAUAACGGGGAGAGGGGAAAUUUGGGAUUGGGAACCAGCCCAGGAUGGUGAGGAGAGAGUGGAACCCCUGGAAUGGGGAAUGGACCUUGACCACUCUGGGAUAACGGGGAGAGGGGAAAUUUGGGAAUGAGAUGGGGAAUAGAUACAGAACCAGUUUGGGGUAAUGGGGAGAGAGGGGAAAUUUUGGGAUGGGGAACAGACACAGAACCAGCUUGGGAUGGUGUGGAGAGUGGAGUUUUGGGGAUGGGGAUGGGGAAUGGGCCCUGGGGCCAGGAGUGGCCUGGGUGGGCGCUGCAGGUGCAGCCCAGGGGUGGCCCCAGCAGUGACCGUGUCCCCUCUGGAGCCACGGAGUCACAGCCUCACCCCGGCUCUGGUUUAGGAUCCCCGGGAUGCCAAACCCGAGUUGUGUCUGUGGGAGGAUCGCUGUGCCUGGCGCCGGAGGAACCCGUGUGGGAGUGGAGAGAGAUCCACUGGAAAGUGAAAAUUGGUUCAGGAACAUGGCAGCGGAUCCUGACAGCCACCGGGGAUGGAAGUGUCUCCUAUCCCAGAGGUUCUUUCCAUGGGAAAGGGAAAUUCCAGCCGGGAAACUUCUCCCUGUGCAUCUCCGCGGUUCACAGAGCCGACAGCGGGGUCUAUAUGGCCGAGCUCGACAAUGGGUCAGUGAUUUCCUCUCAGUGCUUCCGAGUGUCCGUGUGGGACCCCCUCCCACCGCCGGAGCUGAAAUCCCAAAUCCUGCAGCGGGAUCGGGGCUGGUGCACCCUGGCCCUGCUCUGCUCCAGCCCCGGGAACGUCUCCUACAGCUGGGCCUGUCCCGGGCAUCCCCCGGGGGACAUCCCGGAGCAGAUCCUGGAAAAGAUCCCGGAGCAGAUCCCGGGACAGAUCCCGGAGGAGAUCCUGGAGGAAAUCCUGGAGCAGAUCCCAGGGGAGAUCCCAGAGCAGAUCCCGGGGGAGAUCCCAGAGCAGAUCCCGGAGCAGAUCCUGGAGGAAAUCCUGGAGCAGAUCCCAGGGGAGAUCCCGGAGCAGAUCCCGGAGCAGAUCCCAGUGCAGAUCCCUGGGAUCCCCUCCCGGCUGAUCCUGAGGCUCCCCGAGGGCGCUGAACCCCAAAUCUGCCUCUGCAACGUCAGCAACCCCGCGGGGUGGAGCGCGGCCCGCGCCCGGCUCACCUGCCCAGGAUUCUGGGAUUCUUUUCCUGAAAUUCCAGGGAAUUUCAGCCACUGGACACUGCUGGCCGUGGCCGUGGCCGUGGCCGUGGGGCUGACCCUGCUCCUCGUGGGCAGCUGCUGCUGGUGGAGGAAGAGGAGGAAGAAUUCUCGGGAAGGGACCCCCGGAGCCCCCGCAGGACCCUCGGAGCUGACUGUCUACGCUGAGGUGGGAGAGAAGAAACCCCGCCAGGACCCCGCUGGGACGGGGGAGGCCACCCAGGAAGGAGCCACCAUCUACGCCGUGGUCACUCCCAGGACACUGGAGCACCCCAGGCACCGGGAGGAGCCCGAGAAUUUCACCAUUUACUCCACGGUCCAGUUUGGCCGCAGGCCUUCCUCCAUCAAGAGGAAGAGGCUGGACCGGGCUUUGGUCUCCACUGCCUACUUGGAGGAUAACGGGGGUUACAGGUGCUUGGGCUUCCCAAAUCCUGCCGACCACCAGCACCCCUAAAACCCCGGAAUUCCCAUCCCUGUGGAAUUCUCCAGGAAACUCCAGUGGACACUGGGAUCAGCUGAAUAGAAAUAUCCAGAAAUUCGAGUUUUUUCCACCAAGAUUCAACGCCCAGCUGUGCCUUGGAGCGAAGAUUUGGGGAUGGAAAACUCGG